UUAGCCGCCGGCUUUGGCUGCGCCGCUGACAGCCGCCGGGUCCCUCUGGCCGCGGCGCGGGGCGAGUGGCGGCAGCCGGACGGGGCGGGGAGCGACCGGCGGAGCGCGUUUCCCUCGCUCGGCAGCCGCAGCCCCGUAGGCGGCGGGCGGGGAGACCCGGCCGGACCCGACCCGGCCCGGCAGGGGGGAGCGGAGCGGGAGGCGCGGGAACGGAGCGGUUCCUCCCGCUCACGUUUUUUCCCUUCGCUCCGGCGGCGCUCGCUGCGGCCCCGCGCUCGCUUCCCGUCGCCGCUCACCGCGCGGCUCGGGGCCAUGCCCGCCGCCCGCCUCUGGCUGCUGCCCGCCCUCUUGCUGCUGCUGCUCGGCCGCCGCCCCGCCGCCGCCGAGGGCGACGGAGCCCUGCGCCCGCCGGCUCCCGGGCGGCUGAGCCCUGCGGCGGACGACCGAACCCCCCCGACGGCCGCACCUCCAGCGCCGCGCGGAGCCGAACCCAACGCCUCCUGGGCGGCAGCGCUGCCCCAGGGCGGCGGGGAAGCGGGCAGAGGGCGGCCGCGUUCGGGUUCGCUCCCGAUGUGCACCGGGCAGACGGAGAUCAAGGAGACCUUCAAGUAUAUCAACACGGUGGUGUCAUGCCUGGUGUUCGUCCUGGGCAUCAUCGGCAACUCCACGCUGUUGCGGAUCAUCUACAAGAACAAGUGCAUGAGGAACGGCCCCAACAUCCUCAUCGCCAGCCUGGCCCUGGGUGACUUGCUGCACAUCAUCAUCGACAUCCCCAUCAGCGUCUACAAGCUACUUGCAGAGGACUGGCCCUUUGGUGUCGAAAUGUGUAAAUUAGUGCCCUUCAUUCAAAAGGCAUCAGUGGGCAUCACAGUGUUGAGUUUGUGUGCCCUCAGUAUAGACAGGUACCGAGCAGUUGCUUCUUGGAGUCGAAUUAAAGGAAUUGGAGUGCCAAGGUGGACUGCUGUUGAAAUUGUACUCAUCUGGGUUAUAUCGGUGGUAUUGGCUGUUCCUGAAGCUAUUGCAUUUGACAUGAUAACAAUGGAGUACAGGGGAAAGGAUCUCAGAAUCUGCCUGCUUCACCCCACACAGAAAACAUCCUUUAUGAUGUUUUACAAGAAAGCUAAAGACUGGUGGCUGUUCAGCUUUUAUUUCUGUCUGCCACUGGCUAUCACAGCACUUUUCUAUACUCUCAUGACCUGUGAGAUGUUACGAAAGAAAAGUGGGAUGCAGAUUGCUUUAAAUGAUCACUUAAAACAGAGACGCGAGGUGGCCAAGACUGUGUUCUGCCUGGUACUUGUUUUUGCCUUGUGUUGGCUUCCACUUCAUUUAAGCAGAAUAUUGAAACUCACUAUUUAUGAUCAAAAGGACCCCAAUAGAUGUGAACUUUUAAGCUUUUUUCUUGUAAUGGACUACAUUGGCAUUAACAUGGCCUCACUGAAUUCCUGCAUCAACCCAAUUGCUCUAUAUUUGGUGAGCAAGAGAUUCCAAAACUGCUUUAAGUCAUGUUUGUGUUGCUGGUGCCAAUCCAAAGAUCUGUUGUCCCUGGAGGAAAGACAGUCGUGUUUAAAGUUCAAAGCUAAUGAUCACGGAUACGAUAACUUCCGUUCCAGUAACAAGUACAGCUCCUCAUAAAGCAGGCAUAAAAAGUAUAUUCUCAUAUAUUGACACUGGUGCCUUUUGAAGAAAAAGUGGCAAUUACUUUUAAUGAGACGGUAGCAUUCAGAAAACUCUAGUUUUGUUUUUGCACAAAGAAGACUUCAUAAAAAGAAUUGCCCAAAAUCUGCGUAACUCUCAAAAUCAUCAACAUUUAUAAUGUUAUCAUUUAUAAAACAUGAAGAAAAGCAUAAAAAGUCAUUGUUAGCACUUGAAUCCUUCUCAAUCAGCACUUCCGAAUGAUCCCUACUUCCUGUAUAUUAAAUCAUCAUUUGUAUUCACUGUAACAGUUGUAGGAACUGGAGUCACAGUAAUUACUAAGCAGUAUAAUAAUAUAACUUUAAUUGGGUCAAAGCCAGUAUUAUGUGUAACUCAAUAUAUUAUCUUUUAUAAAGCAGAUUAACCAGCAUCACUGUUGUUUUGUUCUUGGUUUUUUUAUUUUUAUUUUUAAAUAAAACCUGAAAUUGUUGUAAUACAAGUUUAAAUGUAAAGAAGUAGAACUUUUUAUCCGGGUUUUAUAGAAGUAGUUAAUGAAUUAUUAAAAGAUGCAGUCAAAUUGAAAGUGU